AUGAGCACUACGCAGCUCACGACGUGCGCAAUGGGCCAGGUCAACGUUCUCAUUCCCGUCGGACGAGCAGUUAGUUACGGCGAGUUUAACAUGUUCUGGCAUGUGAUGCAAUCUCUUUCUCAGCAAAAGCCUUGUGAUCCGCAAGGCGCAAGUGGUAUUGGUUGGUACACGCUACAAGACAAUCCUCCCGACUUCGACAUUUGCGGAGCCUGCAUGGCGGGAACAAUCGCGAGUAUGCGUAUGACCCAUCUCUUUAAGCCCAAGCACGUCCCGGCCAAUGAAACUCGGCUUUGCUCGUUCAAUGUCUUUUCUUACCCACGAGCGAUGCCUUUGAUACAAAAGUUUGCCGAAUCAGCUUAUAUCGACGACUAUCGACCACUAAGCAACUUGGUGACGGACUUGAGUGCAGCACCAAACUGUCCCAAGAUAGAUCGGGAUCUCGCUAAGAAUCGGAGAUGGUGGGGAUGGGACGACGUGCACAUCUGUGAGGAAUGUUAUAUCCUCGUGGCCAAGAAAACCACUCUGGAGAAGCAUUUCGUCAUGAAAGGAGAUCACGUCGUUGAAUCGCGACUCUGCGACUUCUACUCCCCUCGCAUGCGCCAACUCUACAAAGAAGCCUGUCAAACGCAACAGCUAGCCUCUUUUCUCGCCUUUGCACAACAACGACGCCAGAUCUAUCUCCAAACCGUCCCUGAGAUGAAUAGAAUGCUACAAAAUGCCAAACACGCUCUUAGCCAAGCGCAAACACUGGGUUUGGCAGCAGUUACAUUUAGUGCAGCAGGAAACCUGAACUCUACCAAUUUCAACUACGUUGGUUAUGGAUAUGGAAAUGCCCAGUUGGCGCAGGCGGCCAUGGCGGAUCAGCAGAUGCAGCAGGUUGGAGCUGCGGCGGCGGGACCAGCGGCCAUUGCGAGAGUUGGUAUGCUGGAGAAGAUGUGGAAGAAGGUUGAAUGA